UGUGACCCUGUUCUCAUGAAUCCUCUCUCACAGUCACAGUCCCUUCCUCUGGCAGAAGGAAUAUGCCGUACGGUAUCAGACAUGAACGCAGAUCGUGUGAUGGUCACACAGGAAACUUUAAUGGAGCAGCUAGUUAAAAAUUAUCCAGGCAUUGCAGUUCCUUCCCACAAUCUCUUGUAUAAUAUCCUUGGCACUCUAAUUAAAGAAAGGAAAAUCUAUCACACAGGAGAAGGAUACUUCAUUGUAACUCCCAGCACGUACUUCAUCACAAAUGAUGCCACAGAAGACAAUAGAAGGGUCCCGCUGGAGAACAGUUGUUGUUGUUUGUCACUUUCCACUUACUUCCUAAACACUGAGUGCUGCGAAGACCUAGUGAAAGAAAACAUUCCUAAGGUAUCCCGUUACAGAUCCUGCCAUUGUUUCCCUGACCAGAAUACCCCCUGUGAACAAAGACAGCAGCAGCUAACCGACCAUGAACCUAAUGGAGGAGGUAAGAAAGGCUGCAGUGAAUUGAAGCCUCCAAUUCACACUCAAGGAAUCUCCACAGCUGCUGAAAACCAUUCCUGGGACACCAUCAAAUCCCUGACAUCUGUGAAAGGGAAACUGAAAAGCAAGAGGUUUGGCCUUGGCUCUUUCUGGAGAAGUGCUUCUAAAAGAGAAAAAUAUAAGGAGUACUCCACUUUUUCAGCCCAGUUUCCUCCCAAGGAGUGGCCAGUCAGGGAUGAAGAUGACUUAGAUAAUAUUCCACGUGACAUUGAACAUGAAAUCAUCAAGCGUAUUAACCCUACUCUUACAGUUGAUAAUUUGAUUAAACACACAAUAUUAAUGCAGAAGUUUGAGGAGCAGAAAGAAGAUAUCAGUAAGUGUACCUGGGCUGAAGUGUCAAUAGUCAGGCAAAACCAUCUUUCAAAGGACUGUAGUCAAAACACACAAAGGAAACCAUCAAAACACACCAAGAAAACCAAAUCAAGGAGAGAGAAGCCGAUUAGCAGAAGCAACAGGAAGUCUCACAGACAUGAGCUAACCUCCCCAAACCAGAAACUGGAAGAGAACCUUUCAGUGCCUAUCAGAAACCCGCAGCCAUCUGAUGUAGCAGUAGAAUCCCAUGUCAUAUAUAAAAAACAAAUUAAGAACCCUUUUCAGGGUCUGUCAUGGAGACGCAGCUUUUAUGUGAGAGGGUACAGAGGUACCAGUAACAGCCAGCGGAAGUCCAGGACUCGAAAGCAAGAAAGGGCUUUCCAAAGGUCACAGUCCUUGGACUCCCCAAAACCCUUUGACUAUGAAACAGAACAGCUGGCUACUGCAACACAGAUUCACAAAGCUAAGCACAACAAUCUGCUCCCCACUAGCAGGUCUUCCCUUCUACAAAAGAAAGGCAGUUUAAGUGAAAACUUUGGUUAUCAGAGAAGCAGUACUUUGCAAAUAGAUAUGGAAAGCAAACACUUUCCAGAGAGUAAUAUUUCUGAAGAAAACAUCUACAGAGGAACGGUAAAAAAAACUCCUGAGGGAAUUAAGAAAUCCCCUCACUCCUAUGCUGAAGAUAAUGGUGUGUGCAAAGAAGAUGCAAAUUUUUCAUUACGUCUGAAAGAUGAGUAUUGCAGGUGCAGAGCUGACACUAUACAUGAGUUACUAGAUCAAACAGCAAAUGAGUUUCAAAAUGUCUGUCUUUCAAAUUAUACAGCAAAUGCUCACCUGGUGAAACAAGUUGGUGUGAAAUACAGACAAAAGACUGAUAUAAAGAAUGAAUUUAUAUUUAAAUGUGACUGUGCUAGCCAUCCUGGAUCAAUGAAGCUGGGAAGUGAAGGAUUUACCAAUAACUGCCAUCUUCUGUACCACAAAGCACAGGUUGGUGACACCUGUAACUUGUUACACCCAGAUGACAGUUUUGAAGACAAUGAACCAUGUCACCUGCCUCCUGGCCAUGCUUUUUCAGACACAGGAGGCUGGAUUAAAGCUGUGCAAAAGCUGGGGACAGCUAUGUCCCUAAAAAAAUGUAAGGUUAAUGCUUAUCCCGCCCAGUGCAGCACAACUGUAAAUGAACAUGAUUCUGGAGAGCGUGGAUAUAAGGAAAGUGCUAGUUUUGUAGAAUCAACAGAUGGCUCAAAAGAGCAUCCAAAACCAGAUUUCAAAGAAGCAAGUUGCCUGUGCAGUCAGGUUGUUCCGACAGGCCACAGAAGAGAAGAAAAAGCUGGUCUUACUGACUGUGUGGAGGCUGCAGCUGUACCAGAUCUCUCCCACCGUAAUGAGGCUGAGUCGGGUGCUGAAGCUUUGCAGAACUUCCCCUAUGAGAGGGGCGGGGCAGUGGCGUGCUGUGCUUUGGGCUCACAGGGCAAAGGAACGAGCAGCCCCCGGGGAAAACCAGAUCUGGUUUGUAAGAGUGCAAGUACUGUGGUAUCAGGGCAGAAACACUCCGGAGGGACAGAAAAGCACAGCAUUACAGGAGACAGCGGAAUUGAUUCCCCAAGGUGGACUGAAAAGAAGAUGAAGCUUCCUGCCAAAUUCUGA